CGAUUCAAUCUUUGGACGCUAAACAAAUCUUUGAACGACACUAAAAUGAUUUGAAAUGAUGGAUUAGACACCUCCGUAGGUCUUGAAUUUCACUGAUCUCGAAACUGUAUUGGUUGGAGAGGGGUCACAGUUGCUGAUUUUAUUGCUCCAUUCAAGACACAGACAGUUCUUGUGCAAUGCACAAAUUCCAGUGCCUACUAUAAGUAGCUAAGUUUCAUGCUUGAACUUUUCAUAUCACACCAAGUAACCUUUACUUUCAGAUAGAAACUUGGAUUUAUUUGUAUCAGAAAUGGGGGAAGAAACAAAAGGGUCUGAUCAGAAGGUGAUGCUGGUAAUAGAUGAAAACGAGUAUAGCUACUAUGCACUCAUGUGGAUGCUCGAAAAUUUCAAAGAAUCAGUCACAAAAUCGACUCUUGUCAUCUUCGCAGCACAGCCUCGUCCAAACUAUACUAAUGUAUUUGCAGCACCACUGGGUUUUGCUCGCAUGUAUUCUCCUAUGUCAACCACUCCCACUUUGAUUGAGUCUAUCCAAGAGCGAAAUAAGAAGGUUUCACUAGGCCUCCUGGAGAAAGCUAAGAGUAUCUGUGCUAGUCGAGGGAUAAAUGUGGAAACAUUUACAGAGGCAGGGGAUCCUAAAGAAACCAUAAGUGAUGCAGUCCAAAAGUACAAAAUCAAACUACUUGUUAUGGGUAGCCAUGCCAAUAGAACCGUUAAGAGGGCAUUUCAGGGGAGUUUGAGCAACUAUUUCAUAAAUAACGCCAAGUGUCCUGUUCUUGUAGUGAAGAAACCAGAAUAACAGAUACAAGGAAUCAGUUAUUUGUUAAUGGCAUGGAAUCUUGAGGUACUAACACCUAUAAGUUUGUUUGGCUUAUUAAAGCAAUCAGAUUGUAAGUUAUAUAUCAUGCAGCUACAGCAGAUAUUGCAAAUUAUAUAAAAUGAUGAUUUGCAGCCCGACAGGUUGAUAAAUGCUUGUAAUAUAUAUGCUCAAUAUUGGCUAUUAACUUUCUCUAUGUUCUUGAAUGUAAUGAAUGAAAUAUAAGACUGAUAGUCUCUUAAAUUGAACAUUUACCUUUACUAUUCACUCUAUUGGAAUUUCAACUUAGGUAGGAAAAUAACAAGGGGUGUCAGAACUCAGAAGAGCAAAAUCUUCAGCAUUAAGAGUGACCAUCCACAUAUCUGGUCUAUUGAAACAGGUUGCCAAUUAAUUAAUGCCUGCAGUUACAACAAUUAUGAAUAUUUAUCUCUCUUCCUUCUGAUAAUGAACUGUCACUUACACUUGUAUGUCAAGUUGUCCACCCUCUCAUAG